AGUGAACGUGUGCGGCGGAUUGACGCACGGUUUUCUGUUCCCCGGGGCCACAGUGUUUUCAACGGGACUCAACUUCGCUGCUCACUGGACCCGCUAUGGCUGCUUGACCCGGGCUGGAACUCCGUCCGUCCGCUUUCCAUCUUGCCCCGAAAGCCAUUCGUACGAACUUUUCUGGGUAAACUUUUGGACUUGUUGGAUCAGUUUUAUGUCCAGAACCAAGGAUGCAACCCCCACCGAGAAAGGUAAGGCUGACCCAGGAGCUGAAGCACACGCAGGCCGAGCAGAUGAGCCACUUACAGAUAAAACACCAGACAGAAUGUGACCUGCUGGAAGACCUGAGGACCUUCAGUCAGAAGAGGGCAGCGGUAGAGCGGGACUACGCCCAGGCUCUCCAGAAGUUGGCGAAUCAGUAUCUGAAGAAGGAAUGGCCGGAGAGCGUUGCAGAAAAUCCAGCAGAUCACAGGAACAUGUUCUGUGUGUGGAGAGCGUACCUGGAGGGCACCGUCCAGGCCACGCAGUCCAGACUCAGCGCCUGCGAUAACUACAAGCUCCAGGUCGCAGACGCAGCCAAGACGGCGCGGCUGCAGAAAGAGCAGCAGCUCAGGAAGUGCAUCGAGCAGCUGACAGUGAUCCAGGCGGAGCUGCAGGACUCGGUGAAGGAGCUGAGCAAGAGCAGGAAGAAGUACCAGGAGGCUGAGACCAUGGCGCAGGCCGUCCGGGAGAAGACCGAGCUCGAGGCCAAAUCAAAGCUAAGUCUCUUCCAGUCGCGCUCCAGUCUCCAGAGGGCCAGUGUAAAGCUGAAAGCAAAGAGGAGUGAAUGCAACUCCAAAGCAACUCAUGCCAGAAAUGACUAUCUUCUCACCCUGGCGGCCUCCAACGCUCACCUGCGGCGCUACUACAGCGCAGACCUCCUGGACUGCAUCAAGGUGCUAGACGGUCGAAUCUACGAGCAGGUUAAAGAUUACCUGGUCUCGCUUUGUCACACUGAGCUGGAGACGCAGCAGGCGGUGCACGACUCCUUCACCCAGCUGCUGAAUAGCUCAGCCGGGCUUCUCCAGGAGUUUCACCAGCAGACGUUUGUGCAGAAGAAUCCUGUGUUUCAACAAGCCUCAGAUUUCCUUUAUCAUCCCGUUGACUCAGAUAAGGUGAUGGAGCUGCAGAAAGAGAGCGGAACGGCCGAGGAGCACAGCCUGGAUAAAGAGGCGAGGAAGUGGGCGAGCCGCGUAGCACGAGAAUACAAAAGCAUCAUCCACACACAGAGGGCCCUGGAGGAGUACGGAAAUCAGGAUUCGUCUGAGCAGAGUGGCGGCGAGGUGGAGAGCAAGAUGGAGGUGGGCCGGCAGAGUCUUCGGCGGUCAGAGACUGUGAAAGUGAAGGCUGAGGCCCGAUUGGACCUCCUGCGGCAGGCGGGAGUUGUUGUGGAAACGUGGUUGAAGAGCGCGAUGAACCAGGUGAUGGAGGAACUGGAGAACGAACGCUGGAACAACCUCAAUACCCAUGAUCCUUCACUCUCUGGAACAGCUGAUCUGGAGCGGGAAGACGAGGAGGAGACGGAGGACAGCGGUGAGGUGUUGGACGACAGCAGCUCCAGUCCCUCCAGCACCCUGAAGAACUAUCCUCUCACCUGCAAAGUGCUUUACUCCUACAAGGCGUCUCAGCCAGACGAACUGACCAUCGAGGAACAGGAGAUCCUGGAUGUCAUCGAUGAUGGAGAUAUGGAGGACUGGCUCAAGGCCAGGAACCGCAGUGGACAGGUCGGUUAUGUCCCAGAGAAAUACCUGCAGCUGCCGUCCUCCAACAGCCUGCUGAGCAUGCUGCAGUCCCUGGCCUCGCUGGACGCCCGCUCCCACUCCUCCAGCAACUCCACCGAACCCGAGACCGAACUGUCCGCCAGCUCCGUCAACGGGGACUCCAGCGUGUCGUUUGCGAAGGCUCUGUACGACUACGCGGGUCAAACGGCCGAAGAACUUUCAUUCCCCGAAGGCGCCAUCAUCCGCAUCCUGAGCAGAGAGACUCAUGAGGACGACGGUUUCUGGGAGGGGGAGUUUAACGGCGCCGUCGGCGUCUUUCCUGCCGUCCUGGUGGAAGAUCUCACUGGAGUCAUCGAAAACGGAGAUGGAGAGAAAGAAGGCGGCACGCAGGCUUCCCCCUCGGCCGCGGCUCAGAGCGACCGCUCCCCCUGCAGUCCCUUCCAGGAGGCGCCUCUCCACAGCAGCCCCCUGCAGACUCCCACCGCCGCCUCUCCCGGGUCCAGUCCGUGCAGCGCCGCGGCCUCUCCCGUCGGCCGGCCGCCAUCUUACCACAACGGACACCACCGGCCUCCGCCGGCGCCGCACAAGAGCCCGUAUCACAGUCCAGUUCAAGGAUCCACUCAACCUCCUAAAUACCCAGAGAGUGGCGCCGGCAGCAUCAGACCUGUCCGUGCAGCUCCUCCUCCCCCAAAGCAGCAUCCUCGCGGCCAGGUGAAGCGCCGGGAGGAGGUGGAGAUCACGCUGGUGUGAAACUGCUCCGACACCGACACCCCCAAAUAAACCGGAGGACGCUUGACGCCCUGAGAGAGCCUGGAGACGUCUGAGACCUCAGAGGGUCGGAAUAAUGUGCCUUUAUCAUCUGUUUUUCCUGCUCAGUUGACGCAAACGAGGAACAUCGCCUGCUUUAUCUGCAUCUGGAAUAUUUACAUUACCAAAAACAAAAAAGACAUUUCCUCCUGGUAAAUUAAGGGAAGUUUACAGAAAAGGGAACAACUCGUGGUCAGCAGAGUGGAUUGUACUUUAAGGAACAUUUUUGAAGCCACAUUGACUUCCUGGAGGUGAUUAGCUCCACAUAAUUCACUGAUUUUCAGUAAGUUUGGCCUCAUUUAAACCAGUUCGCUUUAAAUUUACAAUAACUAUCAAAUGCUUAUCUUGUGUCUGGAAGGGCGCUGUCGCUUUUAGAUUCAACACAUAAAGUCCACAUAAAACGUUGAAGUUUGUAAUUAAAAAUGCGGCUUAGUUGCAGGCGUCAAUAUUUUUGUACAGUGUAACAGAAAAUGUUAGCUUCUCUCAUUACAAUGUGAUUCAUUUAAUUUUCUAAUCUCUUAAAAAAUGUAAACAUUCAAAUGCCAGCAUGGAGAUUAAUCCAGAAACAGUGUCUCGUUAAAACGGCAAUUUUCUCAUUGGGAAAAAAGAAAAUAUAUUAAAACAACAGAGUUUCCUUGUUAAAACCUUAAAAAAGUUUUCUCCAUAAAAUGAGAAAAAGACGUUAAAUAAAUGGCACUUGUAAAAAAUAUUAUAAUGUGAAAGUUUUUUUGUAAAAAGGUUGAAUUGAAAAGCGUUGGCGCUGUAACAAGAUAUAAAAAUACGCUCCUCUGGCAGAUUUCUUGUUUAAAAGAUAUUUUAGUUUUAUUGAGAUCAAAUAAAUCUUGUAUUAGUAUUUAGUGUUUUUAAUAUUGAUUAAACCAGAAUGUUUUCUCGUUUAAAACAGAUUUUGCACAGGAAUUUAUUUCCUGGCAGUUAAGAGCUUCCGUACUCAACUAAUGAAUAUUAGAGGCAGGAUUUAGCUGCUGGCACUAAUCACCUCCUGGCUUCAUAUUCAUUUGUUUUCCUGCUGAAAAAGAAGAGAUAACUUCCCCACUGUCCAUCUUUCCAAUCCCAAGCUGAUUAAUACUGUGAUAAACAUUAAAGUUCGAUUCAUUUUAUGGAUAUUUUGAGGCCAUUCAGGCUUUUCUUGGCCAAAACCAUGGUUUUAAAUUCUACUUUCAACUUGUUUAGUUUUAUUUUUCAAAGCACAAAUAAGAUGGAAAUCUUCCUAAGUUAUGAAUCUGUCAGAAAAUUGAAUAACUACAAUGUCAUCCUCAUUUAUUUUUUAUUAAAAUGCAUUAAAUGUUACACUUUUCCAUUUUACAGAUUUAAAAUUAGUGGCAGAUUUUUUUAUUUUAUUUUUUUACAUUUUUAUGCGCCCAAUCAGAGCAAAUCAGAGCGAUCUUUUGCUGGUAAUUUUUUCAUGUUCCUGAUAAAGCAGCAGCUUCCUGAUCACAUGACCCUCCGAUAAAAUCAAACUGUGGUCUGAUCCCGACUCCAGCUCGGCCGAGGCCGGUCCUCUCCGCCUUCAAUGCAUCGUAACUGCAAACGUUACACCAACAAGGGAAAAGUGGCAAUUCUGUUUGUUUUUCUCCUUUUCAGUGACUUCCUCUUUGUUUUUUUGUUUGUUUUUUUAUGCCCUUGUUUUCGCUUUAGAAGCAGUUUAAGGAAUCCUGUAGCGUAAACACACAUAGUGUAACGUCUUGUUGUUGUUUUUGUGUCCCGACGUCCAGAUUUAGAUGUUUCUGUGAUGUUCGGGGUUUCUUCGCAGUCUGAGGAAAGAAAAUCUGGAAUAUUUAUUUCAGGAUUGUUCAGGUCUGGAAAAGUGGUCUGAAAAAAAUAAGAGGGAAGAAAAAAAAAUCUCCAGACUUUAUUCCCUAAAUGCUCAGCUUCCUUCCUUCCUUCCUUCCUUCCUUCCUUCCUUCCUACCUUCCUUCCUUUCUUCCUUCCUUCUUUAUGCUCUCACUCUCAACCUUCUGUCUUUGUCCCUUUUUUCCUUCCUUGUGUCAACUUUCCUUCCUUACUUCCCUCCUUCAAUCCUUAAAUCCAUCUAUUCUUUUCCAUCCUUAAUGGCCUCCCUUCCUUCCUUCCUUUUCUCCUUUAUUCCUUCCUUGUGUCCAUUCUUCCCUCGCUCCCAGAUUCCUUCCUUGUAUCCUUUUUUCCUUCCUUUCUUUCUUGUAUCUCUCCAUCACUCCUUCCUUCCUAAUGUUUUUAUCUUUAAAAUUUUAGUUAUUAAAUCUUGAGUUCCUUUUCAGUGGAAGCCAUUCAGGAACCCUGCAGAUCAUUCAGAUUGUUCCAUCUUAACGUCUUUUACCAUCUUGGACCGCUAGCCACCGCUAACCGGAGCCACUAGCAGCUACUGGCUGGAGAUGCUAACUGUCCCGUUCCAUAGCGAAGCACUUUCUUCACGUCUUCUUGUUCCCUCUCAGUAUUGUUGAUGUUUGAGGUUUGUUUGAAAGCCGUAUUCGUAUAAAAGCAUUUAUUUUAUCAGCUCUUUGUGUUAUUUAGCCUUAAAUAGCCACAGUAGUGUCUUUACUGCUUCUGUUUUUGAAACAUGAAUAGUUUACAGAAAACGUGGAGAUGGAUAUCUGUUAAAAAAAAAAAAAAUUAUAGCAUUUUCUCUGUUUGUUUCAUUAGAUUCGGAAAUAAAGACCUUUUUAUUAAACAGUAGAUAAUUAGACCAGAGGGAAAGAGAUAUCUGUCAGCCUCGUUGCUGUGUUCUCGUUGAUCUCCUUGAGAUCUGAAUGACAUCAAACUUAUUUUUGAAGUUUGCGUUUACCCUGUUGUAUUAAAAUAAAAUCAGACUGACGUCUCGUUUCCAUCAGAGACUUUGUUAUUGUUGUUUUAAACCUGCUACUGGUCCUGAUUUAACGCCCAGUUCACUGAUUAAAUUCCCAUGUUUAAUGUCGGCUCUGCGGACAUUAAAUCUUCAGAUUUACACACCAGUGGAUGUUUGACUGUAUUUAUUGUGUACAAAUAAAUGUGAAAUAAAGAUAGCUUAAACGAAA